AUGGCAGCCAAUGAUAACUAUCAUCCACGAGGCCGAAAUAAUGUGAAAAAAGGAGGUAAGCUUGAAGUAGAUGCUUUGACUAUGUUAGCCAGUUCUGUGCAUGCACUAACAAGCAGGUUUGAUAAGUUCCAAGCUGGAACUUCUACUAGCCCCCAGGAAGUUUGUCAAACGUGUAAUGUGCAGGGCCAUAUCGCACCAAAUUGCCCGCAGAACCCGAGUGAGAUGUCCAUCGAACAAGCCAAUGCUCUCUACUCCUCAAAUCCCAAAAAUCCUUAUGAUCCCUACUCAAAUUCCUAUAAUGAAGGUUGGAAACACCAUCCAAACUUAUCAUACAAGAACACCCAAGCACAGCAAAAUCCAUCACCACCACCCCAACCCAACAACUACAACCAACCACUACCCGGUUUCCAACAAAGACCAUCCAUGAACCAACAACCAAUGCAACCACAACCCCAAAAAUCUAGCCUUGAAGUGAUAAUAGAGAGCUUCAUUACCAAAACCAAUAGUGCUAUCCAACAACAAGGUAACUCCAUCCAACAGUUGCAAGCCCAUAGUAAGCUCAUGGAAAGCCAAAUAAGCCAACUUUCACAACAGGUGAGUCGCCUAUCAACUCUUCAAGAUCAAGCAAAGGUUCAAAAAGAACAAUGCAAUGCUGUUUUCUUGAGAAGAAAUGAAGCCUUUCCAAGGCAAAUUGUUGAGAAGAUGUGCAGUGAGGAGUCUAGAAAAGACGAAAAGGGCAAAGAUGUUCAAAGCUCCAAAUAUGUGGCUCCACCGGCUUAUGAGGAACCGAUGCCUUUCCCGCAGUGUUCAAAUGCCUCAAUUUGCAAUUUUGUAAAGAAUAUCAAAGAUCAACAAGAGGAUAAGGAAGUAGCACAUAAGAAGGGCCCUACUCUCUUAUAUGAUAACCUACCACCUAAGCUGCAUGAUCCCGGUAGUUUCACUAUUCCCUGCACGAUAAACGAGAAAUUUUUCGAUAGGGUUUUGUGCGAUUUAGGUGCUAGUGUUAACUUAAUGCCCUAUUCAUUAUAUGAGAGUUUAGGCUUGCAAGGACUUAGGCCUUCCCCUAUUUCUCUUCAAUUGGCUGAUAGGACCUCUAGACUCCUUGAGGGUGUGGUUGAAGAUGUAUUACUUAAGGUUGGUGAACUUGUUUUUCCUGUUGAUUUUGUUGUUAUGGACAUGAAAGAAGACCAUAAGAUCCCGAUUAUAUUUGGUCGUCCAUUCCUUGCCACAAGUUAA